AUGGGACAAGAGGAGAGCCACAGUGAGGAGAUGGACCUGCAACAGAUCCAGGACCUGUGCAUCAUUUUCAUGAAGGAAUGUCCCAGCGGUGCCCUGCACCUACAUGAGUUCAAGAGGAUCUUCGGGGUACAGAGCAGCUCUGCAGAGGAGUCCCUCUACAUUGAGACAAUAUUCCGCUCUUUUGACACAAAUCGGGAUAACACACUUGAUUUCCUCGAGUAUAUAGCAGCACUUCACUUGAUCUUACGGGGGAAUAUUGAAGAUAGACUCAAGUGGUCCUUCAAGAUGUAUGACAAGGACGGGAAUGGAAAGUUGGACAGGCAGGAGGUGAAACGGAUCAUAAGGAUUCUCUACAAAAUCAAGCUCCAGACGAGUGAGGUCAAUAUGACGCCGUCUGAAAUCUGCGACAGGAUCUUUGAGCUGGUUGACCAGAAUAAAGAUGGUCAAAUAACCUUGUCUGAGUUCAUGGAGGGAGCUCAGAAGGAUGAAUGGGUCAUGAACCUGCUGAAGUUGGAUGUCAACGCCACCGGUUGGGUGAUCCAGAACAGUGGGAAAUUCCCAUGA